AUGUUCAAGGCCGAAAAGAUAGGCGGUAGGAACGUCACAGCUUCAGCAUCCACUUCAGAUGUGAAGCUGCACUCAAAAGCAUCAGAAGCAUCAACACCCUCGCGCUACCCUCACCGCUUGAAUUUCUACGACCGUCCGCCCGUCCUCGACAUUACUCUGGAAGAGUUCGAGACAUGCGCUAUAGAUCGCCUUCGUGUACUGGCGCAUAUCGAAUCACUCAAUCAUCGGUCGCUGCCGGCGCCGCAGUUCAGCGCAGCUGUCGCUACCUACGUCAAAGCACACUUGCCCUUGAAUAGCAACUCGGCGAGAAGCGCCAAUCUGGAAGAAGAGAGGAGAAGGGAUGAGAUAGGGCAUUGGGUGUUACGGCUGGCGUUCAGCAGAAGUCCGGACCUUCGUGCGAGAUUCAUCCGGUCCGAGCUCUCGCUCUUCCGCGAACGCUUCACUUCUGAUGAUCUGAAUGAACGGAAUACGUUCCUUCGGUCGAUGAAGUUCAAUUGGGAGGAAGUGGGACCUACGGAGAAGCAAGAGUUGAGGGAAGACCUGAUGGCAUGUAUGCCAUGGGGUAAGGAAAGCAAGAAGAACGAUGCGUUCAACGCGGAGAAGUGGAACAAGGUCCCUUGGUAUACCGUUCCGGACCUAAUCGGCAGUCGGCGAGUCUUUGUCAAAGGCGGGAUGGCGUAUGUCCCCAACAGCUCGCAGAUCAGCUUGGUCUUACAGGCAUACUCGGCCAGAUUAGAGACAGCACUCGAGCUUACCGCCAAAAACCUCCCGCGGCUAGACGAGGACGAGCGUCUCGGACCCGUCAUUGACCACCUCGCUUCGUCCUUCCUCUCCGGUCUCGCUGCUGGCGAUUAUCAACCCGCAGACGGAACUUCUGGGGCCGCCGUCACAGCCGAGAUGGUGGACGAUCUCGCUCGGAAACACUUCUCGCCAUGUAUGCGGAAUCUCUACGAGCGGUUGAAGCGGGAUCACCAUAUGAAGCAUUUCGGGCGGCUUCAAUUGGGGUUGUUCCUCAAGGGGAUCGGGCUGCCUUUGGAAGAGGCCGUGAUAUUCUGGCGGAGAAUGUAUGGGUCCAGUAUGACGGACGAUAAGUUCAACAAGGAGUAUCGCUACAAUAUCCGCCACUCGUAUGGGCAGGAAGGGAAGCGAGCCAACUAUCCACCAAAAAGCUGUCAACAGAUUCUCACGACCAACCAGCCCGGCACGCAAGACUCGCACGGCUGUCCAUUCCGCCACUUCUCCCCCGACAACCUCGCCACCUUCCUCGUAUCCUCCUACCCCACGCUCGACCGCUCUUCGGCCGAAAUGCGGGAUAUCCUCGAUUCGGUCAAGAAUUCACACUACCAUGUUGCGUGCACGAGGGUGUUUGAGGUGACGCAUGGGCUGAAGAAGGGGGAUGGGCUGGGCAAGGACGGGGAGACGGUCAGCCACCCGAAUCGAUAUACGGAGCGGAGUCGGGAGAUUGAGGCGGAUAGGCUGGGGCUGGUCAAGAAGGAUGAGGAGGAAGAGGAUGUGGUGAUGGCAGAGUAG